AUGGCAGCUUCUUGGGAUGAUGAUGAUCGACGGCGCAAAGGAGGAAGAGGAGAGAUUGUGAGCCCUUUGUCACAACGCAUGAGGCAACAAAUAUGGGAUUGCUUGAGAGAUGACAAGAUUUCGGUAUUCUCAGUAUGGGGGUGGCAGGGGGUAGGGAAGUCACGGAUUGUGAGACAGGUGGUCGCGGAAAUGGAGGAAUCUGAAGAAUCUAGCCGACUGUUUGAUGUGAUCAUACGAGUAAAAGCACCAAGGAUCGAGAGUCUUGGAGAAAAGAUGCUGGAGAAAUUCAGAGAAGAAUUCGACCAUUUGCAGGACCAGAUUACAAGAUAUGGCAGACUAAUAUUUAAGCUUGAAAUUGAGCUUUAUAAGAAGAUACGGGUUUUAAAGAUGUUGGAUGCAAAGGGAAGAAGGAAUCGAUUAAUGGAGGUGCAGAUGGAAAUCAAGGAGGCAUUGGAUAUCCCAGAGUCCAUACAAUUCUCUACAGCUGCUAAGCGUAUCAAGGAUAAGUUAAGCGGCCAAAGGUUCCUCCUCAUCUUUGAAGAUGUUUGGGAAAGCUUUGACUUGCAAGAGAUGGGAGUUCCAAUCACAGCCCCUACCACCACCAUUGGCAGCAAAGUCGUCAUCACCACUCAAUCCCAUGAAGUUUGUUCCAAAAUGGGAGCCCAAUUAAAAAUCAUGUUGGAGGAGUGGUCUAAAGAAGAUGCCUGGGAUUUUUUACAGGAAGAGACAGCUGAUGUAGCUGCCCGCAUUGGUUUCUCAACUGGAGACAUGGUCUUGAAUUGCUUUUCUUACGUCUCCUUGUUCUGUCGAAAUGGAUGCUCAAUCGAUCGAGAUUCCUUGAUAGAAGAGUAUUGGAGGUCAGAGGGUUUUUUAGAUGGGUCGUUCAAUGAAGAGGAGAAUAAAGAAGCAGCUUUCAAGAAAAUGGGGAAUCUACUGCUCAAAGAGCUGGCAGAGAGAUGCAUGGUGUUAUUGUCCCUGGCGUCAUCAAACCCAAAUUACCUAACUCUCUUUCUAGAGCAGUCUUUAGAAAAUUUAGCGCCUUGGGACUCUCAUCCUAAGGAAGCGGAAUUUAACGUCUGGCUACAAAAGCAGUUUACAUUGGAGGAAUCUUCAGGAGGACCAUGUCAUGUGGAUAUGAAUUCUCAUGUGAGGCAAGUGAUUGAUUCUCAAAAGUUACUAGUGAAAUACAACUUGGACGGGGAAGAAUCAUGCCAAUGGAUCUCAUUAUCCCACAAUCAGGUAGAAACACUCCAAUUCAGCUCUCCCAAUUGCCCUUUUAUGUCGACGUUGUUGCUCAACGAUAACGAUCGUUUGCAAGAAAUCCCAGACAGUUUUUUCAAGAAUAUGACCAGACUCCGAGUUCUCGACCUUUCUUCUACAAGCAUCACUUCCCUGCCAUCGUCCAUGUCCUGUCUUCAUGAAUUACGGUUAUUGAAGCUUCGAAGCUGCUGCAAGCUAGAGUCUCUUCCAGCCGCAUUCUUAAAGGAUAUGCAGAAGCUUGAGAUCCUCGAUCUCCAUCAAACUCCCCUGACAAAGAUGGUGGAAGUAUCCUUCCACAACAUGCAUAGCCUCCGAAGUCUCGAUAUCUCUGGUGCCUGCAACCUUAGUCGGCUCUCGCUCAAGGGUUGUCGCUCUCUAUUGAGACUGGUCAGCCCAGAUAAACUUUCAAAACUUGAGUCGCUUGAUCUUUCAGGCACAAGAAUUGAAGAGCUUCCACACGGAAUUUUCAAUAUUACUAACAUGCGGUGCUUGGACCUAUUGGGAAUGGAGCAUCUCAAGAGGGUUGACUAG